AUGGGAAACACUAUAAAUACUUUACCAGUAACACAUAAAAUGAUCACAUAUGAAACAGCAAAGGAUCCAAUUCUAAAACAAAUAAUAUAUUAUAUUACAAAUGGUUGGCCUAACAAAACAAUAAAUAAUAGAGAAUUACAAGCAUUUUUACACAGGAAAAAUGAGUUAUCAUUAAUAAAUGAAUGUGUUGUGUACGGUGAACGUAUUGUUAUUCCACAAGUCUACAAAAAACGUGUACUUAAACAAUUACAUCGUGGUCAUCAAGGUAUUGAGCGUACCAAGGCAUUAGCACGGAGUUUUGUAUAUUGGCCAAACAUUGAUACUGAUAUAAAAACAUUUAUUCAAAAUUGCAAUCAAUGUGCAAAUGCAGCAAAGAUGCCUACGAAAACAUUACUUCAUUCUUGGCCCACACCAAGCGAACAGUGGGAGCGGGUGCAUAUAGACUAUGCUGGACCGAUAGAAGGAUGGUAUUUUUUGGUCAUUGUCGACGCAUAUUCAAAGUGGCCGGAAAUUGUUCAAACAAAAGCAAUGUCAUCACAAGCAACCGUGAAUAUUUUAAAUGAUAUUUUUGCCCGAUUUGGUCUGCCAAAAACAAUCGUAUCAGAUAAUGGAACACAGUUUCGUAGUGAACAUUUUGAACAAUUCUUAAAACAUAACGGCGUUGAACAUCUAUAUUCCAGCCCUUACUAUCCAAUGUCGAAUGGUCAAGCUGAAAGGUUUGUAGACACUUUCAAAAGAUCUUUAAAAAAAUUAGAAGGAGAGGGGACGAUCACACAAAAUUUAUGCACAUUUGUUCAGACAUAUCGUUCAACACCGAAUGUAAACUCACCAGAGAAGCGAUCUCCAGCAGAAGUCAUGUUCGGAAGGAAAAUGAGAAUAAAUUUAGAUUUGCUGCAGCCAAAAAAGCUACACAAUGCAAAGUUAAGUCCAAAUAAAUUCAAAAUGGAAAAGCAAUUUAACAAAAGGCACGGUGCCAAGGAAAUAAAAUACUUUCCAUCAGAUAAAAUUUACGCCAACAUUCCAAAUGGAGUUAACCGUUUCAAAUGGAUGCCUGGGGAAGUCAUUGAGGAAAAAGGAAAAGUAAUGUACAAUAUUAUUCUGAACAAUGGAAAAUUAAUUCGAAUUCAUUGUAAUCAAUUACGAAAGCGCUACCACGAUCAAAAUAAUAACCACAGGUUUUGGGAAGCUGCACUAGAUGUGUAUGACUUACCGCAACAAUCAGAUCAGUUUACAAAAGCACUCAACAAUCAGACACUGCCUAAUAUUCUACCACUAUCGACAUCGCCAACCGAGUUACCCAUAAUGCCUACAACAAUUUUAACACCUACAUCACCUGUUCUUCGUAGGACAACACGUAAUCGCAAAGCAGUCACUAGGUUUCAACCACAGUAA